AUGACUGCAAUAAUGCCCCAAUUGUUAUCCCAAGCAUUAUCUCACUUUCCGCUUAAUCACUUGGUAAAAUAUCAAACGAAUCCUAGCGAAAAGUGUUCCGAUGGUGGCAUGUCUCCGUUAUCAGAAAUUCACUCCACGUCGGUUGGCACGUCUCUGAAAGAGUCCCAACAUCCCGAUAACUUGGACCAUUUACGCAUCUCGCCGAACAGCAACAACAACAAUAAUAAUAACAUUAGUGAAAAUAGUGUUAGCAAUAAAAUAAUGGAACGUGAUACUUCCGGGCACGAAAGUGACAGUGACGUAAGUGUCGGGCAGGAAAACGAGUCUGACGAUAGCCCAAUGAGCGUCAACACGAACGUCACGAAGGAGAAUCGGCGUCGUGAUAGCGUCGAUUUCAGCGAAGAAGGUGUCAGCAAUGAUUCCACGCGUUUCGCUUCGCAACUUUGUAGUCCUCAGUCCACAGCUCCGUCAUCGGCGAACGAAGAACCUCGCGUUCCCACAAUUUUGCGACCUAGUCCCACACGACUUCACGAAGAAUUUCUCCGAAAUUCACAAAUUUACGCCGAAGAACUUAUGAGACAGCAGAUGAGUCUUGUGGCAGCUGCCCAAGCUUCCACAUUUUCCACAACAGCGCAGCUUUCGAAGCUCGUGACAGCUCGCACCUUAUUGGAGGAAAAAAUGGGCUUUCGACCUACGGCAUUGAGUAAUCGCCCAUUAAAUCCCAUUCCAGAUCCCUCAAUUAACUUCAGGGGCAUUCACAAUCACUUGAACGCCAUUUCGCAAAUAACCCAAAAUCUAGGUGCUUCAAAUACGGAAAAAUUUACAUCGCCAAGUCCUUCGGAUACGUCGCAAUCGCCGCCAGUUAUGCACACGCCAAUUCACGCGAAUCACGCCAUUCAUGCGGCCGCCAUGUUCAUGAAUAACAAUCUCAAGGAUCACUUGAAUCAGGACAAUCUCAAGUUUAGCAUCGAUAAUAUUCUCAAGGCGGAUUUCGGGAGACGCAUUACCGAGCCGCUUAUGAAGCGAAGUGGCAAAGGAUCUGCGGGAAAUGCAAAAAAGAGUCAGAAACAAGAAGAAUUGUUGUUGAAACAACAAAUGGCGCGACAAAAUAAGAGACAAUCGCCACCGAUGUCGCCGCAAAGUAGUGUUGGAGAUCGCUCGGAGGGAGCUCCGAUGGAUUUGACGGGAGGCGAAAUGGAUCGUGAAAGCAAUAAGAGUUUGUCGCCAUCGCCGGCGGCGGGACAAGGCUCCUCUGGUGGAGGCGGAGAUGGAAAAGGACCUAUUGUAUGGCCAGCUUGGGUUUAUUGUACGAGAUAUUCUGAUAGGCCGAGUUCUGGAAGAAGUCCACGAAUGAAGAAGCCAAAGAAACCUCCUUCGGAAAAGGGAAAUGUUACGCCUGAAGAUAAGCGUCCUCGAACAGCUUUUAGUGGGCCUCAGUUGGCAAGACUCAAGCAUGAAUUCGCUGAAAACCGCUACCUAACUGAGCGCCGGCGACAAGCUCUAUCCGCCGAACUCGGUCUCAACGAGGCUCAAAUAAAAAUUUGGUUCCAAAACAAACGCGCCAAAAUCAAAAAAUCCACUGGCCAUAAAAACCCUCUUGCCUUGCAACUCAUGGCGCAGGGUCUGUACAACCAUUCUACCGUACCUCUAACACAGGAAGAGGAGGAGCUGCAAGAACUGCAGGCGGCAGCGGCUGGUAAUGCGUAG